UGAGCCGCAGCUUUUCCGAGAGAGCGGACGGGUGUUCGCCAUCUUAGGGAGUGAGUGUGACCCGGCCUUCCCACGGUGGGUGCGGGGAGCGGAGCUCAGAGACCCUGUGGGACCACUGUCUUGGCUGUAGGCCGGCUUGGGCGCGGGUUACUUUGGGGAUGCGCCGUGACCUCCUCAAGGGCGCGGAGACGGGAAGAAGUCUCGGAUCGGAGUCCCAGGGCGCUGGUGACAUUGCCUGGCUUGACUGACCCCCUCGCCUUCCAAUGACUGCCGCUCCCUCUUCCCCUAGGAAGAUGUUCUCGUCUGUGGCGCACCUGGCACGGGCUAACCCUUUCAACGCGCCGCACUUGCAGCUGGUGCACGAUGGCCUCUCGGACCCGCGCAGCAGCCCCGCCGGGCCUCCAGGCCUGCCCCGCCGCUCCCGCAACCUGGCAGCCGCCGCUGUAGAAGAGUACAGUUGUGAAUAUGGCUCCAUGAAGUUUUAUGCGCUAUGUGGCUUUGGUGGGGUCUUAAGUUGUGGUCUGACACACACUGCUGUUGUUCCUCUGGAUUUAGUGAAAUGCCGUAUGCAGGUGGAUCCCCAGAAGUACAAGGGCAUAUUUAAUGGAUUCUCAAUUACACUUAAAGAAGAUGGUUUUCGUGGUUUGGCGAAAGGAUGGGCUCCGACUUUCAUUGGCUACUCUCUUCAGGGGCUUUGCAAGUUUGGCUUUUAUGAAGUCUUCAAAGUAUUAUAUAGCAACAUACUUGGAGAGGAGAAUGCCUAUCUCUGGCGCACAUCACUGUAUUUGGCUGCCUCUGCCAGUGCUGAAUUCUUUGCUGACAUAGCCCUGGCUCCUAUGGAAGCUACUAAAGUUCGAAUUCAAACCCAGCCAGGUUAUGCCAACACUUUGAGGGAUGCAGCUCCCAAAAUGUAUAAGGAAGAAGGCUUAAAGGCAUUCUACAAGGGGGUUGCUCCUCUCUGGAUGAGGCAGAUCCCAUACACCAUGAUGAAAUUUGCCUGCUUUGAACGUACUGUUGAAGCAUUGUACAAGUUUGUGGUUCCCAAGCCCCGAAGUGAAUGUUCAAAGCCAGAACAGCUUGUUGUAACAUUUGUGGCAGGUUAUAUAGCUGGAGUUUUCUGUGCAAUUGUUUCUCACCCUGCUGAUUCUGUGGUAUCUGUGUUGAAUAAAGAGAAAGGUAGCAGUGCUUCUCAGGUCCUCAAGAGACUUGGAUUUAAAGGUGUGUGGAAGGGACUCUUUGCUCGUAUCAUCAUGAUUGGCACUCUGACUGCACUGCAGUGGUUCAUCUAUGACUCUGUGAAGGUCUACUUCAGACUGCCUCGUCCUCCUCCACCUGAGAUGCCAGAGUCUCUGAAGAAGAAGCUCGGGUUAACUCAGUAAAUAGAUCAAAGCAAAUAUGGACUGAAUCUGCUUACUGAUCGGUGUUGAGGAAAGUCAAAAGGAACUUUUAUAUAUUUGACAGCGUAGGAAAUUGUCUAUUCCUGAUAUAAUUACUGGUAGUACCCUUGCCUAAGGCAGGAGUUUCAAAUUUACUGUCGCAAUAAACCCAACUGUUGAUGAUU